GUCUUUUACCUCUGACUAUGUAUCUGGGUUUAUGCUGCUGCUGUUUUAGCAUGCAAAGUGAUUUUGGCUCCAAGCUAGGCUGGAUAGAUGAUGAGGUUUAUGCCUCAUCUACUACACUUGAAAGGGAACCUCAAAGGGGUACUGUUCAUAAGAGAACUACACAUCUCGACCGUUCAAUUUAAUUUUUGUUGAUCUAUGUUUCCAUUCAAGCAAUCUUGCCCGUUCAUAUUUGGCUGACCCAAAGAGACGUCAUCAAUGUUUUUUUUCACGCUUUCUCCCUCUAGCUAACGACGUCAUUGCCUUUGCCGAAGAAGGAUGGAUGGGUUGAAGGUCAAGGGCGUGCGUUUGGCAGGGUCGCAUCCCAUACAAGUCAGUUUCUCAUCUGUUCCUGUCAAAUCGGGUCUCUGCUUCCUUCAAUUUCAUCAUCACGCAUGCUCGCUUUCCCUUCCGUGUUCAAGGAGGUUUCCCUCGCCGAAGAAGGAGAAGAGUGUUUGCUAGGGUUUGCGUUCGCGAGAUUAGGUGAAAAUGGUCAGGAGUGAGUGAGGUGACAAUGAGAAGGAAUAGAAUAGAUUGUUGAAGGAGAAGAGCAAAAUCACAAGCCAAAGACGUCCUUUACUUUCGUCAGCUGAUGCUUUCCCUCUCAGUUGAGUACAAGAGGGUUGGUAUUCAUCGUGGUCCAGCAGUUUCUUUCUUCCAUUCAAUUGUCUGUUUCGUCUCAAUCACCAUAAAUUUUAUUGAUUUUUUUUGUACUUCUCAUUCAACCUUAUCUGUUUCACUUGAUUUUUCCAUUUAAUUUGAUUUUUUGAACAAGCAAUGCAGGCUCUCUAUAAAUACCCCUGUUGUGAAUUUACAAUCAGUUUGCUUCCCAUUUCCCCUUUGUUAAACUAUUUGUUGAUUUGUUGAUUUCCACUGAUUUCCCCAAUGUCUGAACCUGUGAAUUCAUUUCGAAGCUUAUGCCCAGGUUUGAUUGCAUUUCCAAUGCCCACAAGGAUUUAGAGUUUGUUGACAAUUUUUAGUUUUUAAUUUUUCCUUUUGGCAGGCCGAUCCAGAAACAGAUGAAGUUAUCUUGUAUUUGUUACUGCCAAUUUGAGCUGAAGUUAGGUUUAGGUUCUAGCUGUAGAACUAGAUUGUGAUGGCUUAGCAGAAGCUCUCCUCUUCUACGUGUUUCUUCAGUUGGUGUUGGCUAUAAAUAUUCCCACAAUUGGUCUUUCAUUUCAGAUUUUGUAUUUGUCUCCAUGUAUCUCAUUCUUUUCCUCUUCUUCCAUGCUUACAGAGAAAACACUUUAACCCACGGUGAGAGCACUCAGACAUGGGGAAAGAAGGAUGGAAGUCUGUAGGCAGAGGACAGGUGGAAGCUAGAUGACCAUGUGUGCCAAGGUUCGUGUUAUUUGAUGCCUUGCAAAUGGAAGACAUCACUGAGUCAUAUGAUGAGGGUGGUUCUUUUGAUUCUGUGCUAUUAAAGAAGCAAGGUUGGAAAGAAGGGAAUGGUCUUGGGAUAUCUGAGCAGGGUAGACUAGAACCCAUGGAAACUUGUGUGAAGAAUAACAAACGAGGUUUGGGAGCGGACAAAGGGAAGAAAAAGGCUGUGAAGUCUGAUGAUAGUAAUGUCUCUGAAGGGAACUAUCAGCAGAUAACCAAGGGUCUGUUGGAGAAGUAUGGCCCUGAGAGGGUUCUUGAUACUCCAAUCACUGAGAUAGAAACAAGCCUGUACCUGAGGCAGUAUGCACGUACAAAUUCUGAAAAGUAUCAGCUUUUCAUCAAUUUAUAUGCAAAAGUUCUUGAGGACUCAUUUCUGGGCUCCGCCAGUACUAGGCAACUACAGCCCAUUCACUUUAGUACUUUACUUCAUUUUUAGGGUGGCCAAUCACUUUACUACUUCACCCCAUUUUUAGGGAUUUCCCUGGAUCCCUGGCACGAACGUGAACUCCAGCCAACACUGCAAAGCUAUUCUGGAUCUCUCAUUAUUUUUCUCUCACUUUCCUUCAUUUGUCAAUCUUGCAUGGAAAAUAUAUGAGACUAUGGGCAAGACAUCCAAAGUUGUGGCAGUGAACUUCUGAAAGAGGAUAACGUUAUAGCGUCAUGGUCACUUGUGUGGGGAGGUUGGGUCGCUAUGCUUGCAGAGAAUGAAUUUGAGGGAGAAAGGGAGAGUGCGAGAGGUAGUGCACUCCACUGUGGGAAAAAGAUGGGGAGGAAAAUCUUAAUAUAGUGAGACAGUGGGAAACAACUUCAUAGCAGGCUAUUUUAGAUUUUGAUGUAUUCUCUUUUUCCUUUUAUUCAUUAACAAAUUUUCACUUGGUUUAAAUAUAUUUUAGAAGGCUUUUUUAAUUUCACUGGUUUUAAUACUUGUGCUACCUACAAGAUUUCCCUAUGCCUCCCCUUGUAUCCAUCUAUAUUGGAGAAAAAUGAAUUUGCAGUUGUUUGUUAAUAUAUAUUGGGUAAUGUGUCCAUGUAGUAAUUUUAAUUGGCUAUUAUUGCAACCAGCUUCAAUUAUCGUUGGCAUCUCCAAUUAACA